GACGUCACAUAUUACCCUCAAUCUUCAAACAUGGCUGAUCAGUGGAACAGGUAGCAGUACGUAUCAAAACACAUAAUCGCAACUAAAAUGAAGGAAACAUAACUUGUGGACCACUUCGGAACUCAUUGCCAAGGAUCUAGGUGGCUUAACAUCUUAGCUACCGAAAAUUUCAGGUGUCACAAGAGCAAUAAAGACCUUGCUAUCUCAAAUCGGGACCCUUUUGAACCUUGUUCGUCGCCAGAAUUGCACGGGAAACGAGCCAAGAUCUACCGCAGUCAUAUCCGCAUCAUAUGAAUGAAUUGGUGUUGUGACUGGACGAACGGGGCCGAUUGCUUGCACUGUGUUCUGUGUGUGUAAACUGAGUGUGUGAACUUUGCGUGCAACCGACUAAAAAUUUGGAGCAACCAACAUCAACAUCAAGACUGAAAUUCAAGCAGAAACACCUAACGAUUUCCCAUCUGGUGGCGUGUAAAUAAAAGAAAAAGGAAUAACACAGAAAUUGGAAACUGGAAUCAUGAUGGCAGAUGAUAACGAAUUAAUGAGUGCAUCAGAAAUUAUUCAAGAUCGCCUUUACUUUGCAACACUAAGGAACAAACCAAGAAGCACAACAAACACACACUAUUUCUGUAUUGAUGAUGAAUUUCAAUAUGAAAACUUCUACGCAGACUUUGGACCAUUAAACCUAGCUCUCCUGUACAGAUACUGCUGUAAGCUCAACAAGAAAUUAAAGUCAACAUCACUCAGCCGCAAGAAGAUUGUUCACUACACUUCAUUCGACAGUAAAAAGAGAACCAAUGCAGCCUGUUUAAUAGGAUGCUAUGCUGUAAUCUACUUGAGGAGGAUUCCUGAGGAGGCGUACAGGCCGCUGGUGGCAGGCACCAAUCCUCCAUAUUUACCAUUCAGGGACGCUUCGUUUGGUGCAUGCACGUACAACCUUACACUAUUGGACUGCUUGAAGGGCAUCGACAAGGCAGUCACGCACGGCUUCCUCGACUUUGAGAACUUUGAUGUGGAGGAGUACGAGCAUUACGAGAGAGUAGAGAAUGGAGACUUCAAUUGGAUAGUACCCAACAAGUACCUAGCUUUCAGUGGGCCUCAUCCAAAGAGCAAAAUUGAAAACGGUUAUCCAUACCACGCACCUGAGGCAUACUUCCCCUACUUCCGAAAGCACAAUAUCACAUCAAUAGUCCGACUGAACAAGAAGAUCUACGAUGCCAGACGUUUUACCGAUGCUGGCUUCGAUCACUAUGACCUGUUCUUUAUCGACGGUAGCACGCCCAGCGAUUCGAUCCUGCAGAAAUUCCUUGCGAUAUCAGAGAGUUCGGAAGGUUCCCUCGCUGUCCAUUGUAAAGCUGGUCUUGGCAGGACGGGCACACUGAUAGGAUGUUACAUCAUGAAGCACUUCAGAUUCACAGCAGCAGAGGUGAUAGCUUGGAUGAGGAUAUGUCGGCCAGGCUCAGUCAUUGGGCCUCAGCAACACUACAUGGAAGAGAAGCAAGCAGCGAUGUGGGUGCAAGGAGACAUCUUUAGGAAGAAGGCCAGGGAAGGGCAGAUUGCAAAUAAGAACAGCGUGUCCAGGAUACUCUGUAGUGCUGUAGACGAUAUCUCCAUCAACGACGAUAGAGGAAUAUCCUAUGGGCCUGGUGAACAAUACAAGCUUCGGUCCACACUGAGCGGCUCACAAGCCAUGACCCAAGGGGACAAGCUUCGACAGCUCAAGGUCUCAAGGAAGGCAAGGUCGGCCACCACGGGCAGUCUCAAGUUAGAUGAAGGCAAAAUUCACACCCGAUCAACCUCCUCACAGCCAUUAAGUCCUCAGUUUCUGCGGACGUUUCUGAGGAACAAAGCAAGUAGUAAAAAAAUUUCCUCAGCCACCACGUCAUCGACAUCCCCCGUCAAAUCUUCCAAAGUGGUUUCCCCUACGCACACCUCCACUAGUACCAGGCGGACCACCAGGCACUCUGCGGCCGCAACCACUGGCCUCAAAAGCGGCUCAUCGAGGAUUAACAAAGAGUAUAGCACAGGACACAACGCAGGCGACUACACCACUAGCACCACCUCCUCUUCACUCAAAUAUACCCGCUCUACACCAGUGAUUCAGCAGCUAUACUCUACUACAUCAUCAACAGACAAGGUAUUUUCGGUCAAGUAUCCUUGUCGUACAAGCCCACGUAUUCAUUCUACUAAAUCUGCUGCUCUUCGGUAGAGGGCUCCCUCGCUCGCUCGUCUCUUUCUUUGUUACCAUCCAUCCGCCAUCUUUAUCUCUGUGGCCUUUCUUCUAGACUUUUACGAAGAAUGACCGAAAAAGAAAAAAAAUGUUGCUUCAUUCUCAGGAAUUUUGAUGGAAAAACAAAACCUCUACAAGAAAAUAGACACUAUCUUGAGACAUUUUUACGUAAUUAUGGAUUGUGUAUUUCCUAGGAAAUUGUAUUCUAUUGCCCAAAGUGCCUUGUGAAAUUUUCUCUUUGGAGAUACCAUUGACUAGUGUAGGACUGUUUUUAGGUGACGCAUUUCACCCCUCUUUAAUAAUUCCUUUCUUGUAAUCAGAGUGUUUUGUAUUUAUUUUCUUAGCCUGUGUGUGUAUAUAUAUAUAUAUAUAUGAUUUGACUUUUUAGUAUUGCUCAUUGUAAAUAGAACUUUCGAUCUUUUUAUGAAAUCACAUCAAUCGUCUGGCUAUUCUUAAUUUAUCGGCUGUGUGUAUUCCUAUUUUAGCUUCUAUUUUCAGCUUAUCGUGUAUAGAGUUAACAGAUUUAAAGAAAUAUUUUGAUUUUCUGAUCAGAUCUUAAUGCAUUCCAGGCAUAAGUUUCAUUGCACUGUUUUAAGAUUUCCAGCUGUAAUGCUCAAGUGAUCGAAAUACACAUAGACGGUAUAUUUUUAUUGUUUUUUAAUAUUUAGAAUCAUGUUAUUUUCAUUUGUUACCAUUUUUGUUCUUCUUUUUUUCCAGCUGUAUAAACAGUGAACUUUGACCAAUAAAAAAAAAUGGAAAGCCUUCAUACCAGUCUUUUUCAACAAUGGCUCAUAAAAAGGGAGAAGGAUAGUAUACUGCAUCCUUUUAAUAUUCAACAUACCUCAGUCUUGUGAAGAUGGGUAACUUGAUGUGAUGUGAAUAGCACUGAAUACAGUGUGAUUGAAGCUCAGUUUUCAUGUAUCCAACUGCCUUCAUCAAAAAGAGAAACUGUUUACUGUUGGAAUUUAAAAACUUUGUUAAAAAGGAGAAAAUAAUUGGAAAAUAUUUGAAGCUUUGGUAUGGAGGUUGUUUCAUUAUUACAUUGACAAGUUAUAUUACAACAUUCCAUUACGAAUACUGAUAGAGAGAGAACAUCGUCUGCUGAGAGCCAGCCAGCCAGAAAGACUUUAAAUCAUUUCCUUGGGCAUGGAGCUAACGUCCUUAUUGCUCUCGGGAGACGCCUCAAAGAAUAGUGUGUGUUUUAGUGUGUGUUUCAGAUACCUAGAGAAGAUUGCCUGACAUUUCAGUAGACACAUAUAGAGAGGGGUGUGUGUUUUUUAAAUCACAUUUUAGACACAAAUUUUGCACGGUUUGGACCCACAUAUAGAUUUAGCCUAUGGCUAUUAUACAUGUAUGUGCUGUAGUAUGUAACUUGCAACAAGCACAUUGCAUUAGAAAUUUCCAUGGUUGAAAAUUCAAAUGUAGGCUGUAGUAUAACCUUCUUCUAAGAGUUAUUCUCUCAGUUGAGUUUAUUUACAAUAAAUGGUAAUUUGUGAUAUGUAUUCAAUACCUUAUGUUUCUUGCCAAAGACAUAGAAGCAAGUUAUUUUAGCAGAUUUGUCCUCAUUUUGAAGAUUUUUUGUUCUGCUUUCUUGAAUCAUUGGCUCUCUUAUUACUUGUGAUAGCUUUUAACUUGUGUGAACCAUGUAUAAAGUGGAAACUAAAUUACCUACAGUGUGCGCAUCUGAAUAAUGUCAGCAAGAUGUGGAAGUACGGUUGAAAUUCUAAAAUCAGAGAAGAGAUGGAGAGACAACGUACCGGUACCUCUUGUUCGCGAUCAAUUGAAAUAAUAUAGCUCUGAGUGCCUUUGAUCUUCUGGAAUCAUUCCAUGUGUUUUUUAGGCAGGUUUUUUUUUUAGGAUGCCUCUAUAACCUGCCAGUGUUUUUUAACGAAACAAAGAGGUGUAAAGCUGUAUGUUGCGGUAUUUGGAGACACACACUGUUUGCACAAUGACCAUGUUUUAAAUGCAUGCUGAUGAAGAUAUUUGAAACAUGAGACCACAUUCAGUUUAUUUAUGACUUGAUGAGUGGUGACCAAAUGUGUUUUCUUUGACUGAAAUAGUGGAGGACACACUUCAGGGCUUGUUUGUGUGAAACACACCAGAAAUCUUUCUUUAAUUCCAUUCAAAAAGCCAGGGAAUUUGGUGUUGUGUCCCUUUUGGAUAUACACUCUAUUAUGAGAUCAUAGCCAAUUUUUACAUACAGUUUGAAACUGUCCUUUUUAGAAAACAAAUAUUUUUACUACUUGGACUGGAACCGUUCAUGUACUUUUUUUUCUGGCCACAAAAUAUACUCACAGUAAUCCCUGGUGUUUUAUUCAACUUCAAAGUAAGUCUAAUUUUGAGAGUUUAAUCAUUGUUAGGCAGUAUAGAAAAUAAUGUCCAUCCAUGUAGCAGCUUUAGCAGACUAUGCACAGAAUAUACAUAUCAUAAUCAGUCAAAAUACUUUGUUCAAGUAGAGUUUAUAGUGUCCUAUACUGUAUCAUUCUUGGAAAUAUUUUUAUAACAUAUAAAGGUCUACUCUGAAGGGGAAUCAAAAACAUGUAGAAACUUGCAGAACAUGAAAUAAUAGAAUUUUAUGGGUUCAUCCAGUAUUGAUGUACAAUAAUUGUGCUCGUAAUUUUUGUUUUGUCCACAUACAUGUAUGGUAUUACAAAAAAGGACCAGAUAAUGUUAUUCAAUUUUGUUGCUGUAUUCUUUUUUGUAAGACUUGCUUUUAGCAAAACCGGUUACAUUGCUUGUAUUCUGCUCUUGAUGGCUUUUUUUUUUAAUUGAAAUGUAUUUUGUUGCUGGUUAAAUCAUUUUAGUUUUGAUAUGGUACUAGUUUUAUUGAAUGUUCAUUGUGGUAUUUACUGGCUCUACUACAGUCAAGAGAGGAGAAGUUUCUGGGUAAGAUCAAAAUAGCUUUGUCUUGCUCAUUUUUAUUGAUAAUAACAUCGAGUGGGUAAUAACUACAAUUAAUAGCGUGAUUCUUCACUGGUUUUUAUUUCAAU